AUGAGCUCUGAUGCGGAGAUGGCCCAGUACGGGCCGGCAGCCAUCUAUCUCCGCAAACCCGAAAAGGAGAGGAUUGAGGCUCAGAACCGGCCAUUCGACGCCAAGUCAGCCUGCUUUGUGCCGGACGCCAAGGACCUUUACAUCAAAGGUGUAAUCCAGAAGAAAGAAGGUGGCCAAGUCACCGUGAAGACUGAAGCUGGGGAGACUGUAACAGUGAAGGAGGAGGACUGCCAUCCAAUGAACCCCCCAAAGUACGACAAGAUCGAGGACAUGGCCAUGAUGACCCACCUCAAUGAGCCCUCCGUGCUGUUUAACCUCAAAGACCGUUACGCCGCAUGGAUGAUUUAUACCUACUCUGGCCUCUUCUGUGCCACUGUGAACCCCUACAAGUGGCUCCCGGUGUACGACGCACAGGUGGUGUCGGCCUACCGAGGCAAAAAGCGCAUGGAGGCGCCGCCCCAUAUUUUCUCCGUGUCUGACAACGCAUAUCAAAAUAUGCUUACAGAUCGUGAGAACCAGUCCGUCCUGAUUACUGGAGAAUCUGGUGCAGGGAAGACUGUCAACACCAAGCGUGUCAUUCAGUACUUUGCGACAAUCGCAGUGUCAGGUGGCAGCGAUAAGAAAGAGCAAACAUCUGGCAAAAUACAGGGGACGCUGGAGGAUCAAAUCAUUUCAGCUAACCCUUUGCUCGAGGCUUUCGGGAAUGCCAAGACAGUGAGGAACGACAACUCCUCGCGCUUUGGUAAAUUCAUCAGAAUUCACUUUGGAACAACAGGAAAAUUGGCCUCCGCUGAUAUUGAAACAUAUUUGCUGGAGAAGUCAAGAGUGACCUUCCAGCUUUCUGAUGAGAGGAGCUACCACAUCUUCUACCAGAUCAUGACUGGACACAAACCAGAGCUCAUAGAAAUGCUUCUCAUAAGUACAAACCCGUAUGACUUCCCCAUGAUAAGUCAAGGUCAGAUCACUGUGGCCAGCAUUGACGACAAAGAGGAGCUGGUGGCUACUGAUACUGCUAUUGACAUCCUGGGCUUCAGCAGCGAUGAGAAAGUGUCCAUCUACAAGCUGACCGGCGCUGUGAUGCAUUAUGGGAACAUGAAAUUCAAGCAGAAGCAGCGGGAGGAGCAGGCAGAGCCCGACGGCACAGAGGUGGCAGACAAAGUCGCUUUCCUCAUGGGCUUGAACUCCGCCGACUUGGUGAAAGGCCUUUGCUACCCCAGAGUGAAAGUGGGAAAUGAAUAUGUUACCAAAGGCCAGACAGUGCCCCAGGUCACCAAUGCAGUUGGUGCCUUGGCCAAGUCUGUCUAUGAGAAAAUGUUUUUAUGGAUGGUGAUCAGAAUCAACGAGAUGCUGGACACCAAGCAACCCAGGCAAUUCUUCAUUGGAGUGCUGGACAUCGCUGGAUUUGAGAUCUUUGAUUUCAACAGCAUGGAGCAACUCUGCAUCAACUUCACCAAUGAGAAACUGCAACAGUUUUUCAACCACCACAUGUUUGUGCUGGAGCAAGAAGAAUACAAGAAGGAAGGGAUCGAUUGGGAGUUCAUUGACUUUGGCAUGGACCUGGCGGCCUGCAUUGAGCUCAUUGAGAAGCCGAUGGGCAUCUUCUCCAUCCUUGAAGAGGAGUGCAUGUUCCCCAAGGCUUCAGACACCUCCUUCAAGAACAAACUCUACGACCAGCAUCUUGGAAAAAAUAAUGCCUUCCAAAAGCCCAAGCCAGUCAAAGGCAAGCCCGAGGCUCACUUCACCUUGGUGCACUACGCCGGCAUGGUGGACUACAACAUCAGCGGCUGGCUGGACAAGAACAAGGACCCGCUGAACGAGUCUGUCGUGCAGCUUUACCAGAAAUCAUCCAUUAAACUGCUGUCUUACUUGUAUGCCUCGUUUUCGGGUGCUGAAGCAGAAUCGGCUGGUGAUGCCGGCGGUGGCGGCAAAGGUGGAAAGAAAGGAGGGAAGAAGAAGGGUGGCUCCUUCCAGACUGUGUCAGCAGUUUUCAGGGAAAACCUGGGAAAACUAAUGACCAACUUGAGGAGCACCCAUCCUCACUUCGUCCGUUGCUUGAUUCCAAACGAAGUGAAAACCCCAGGUAUCAUGGACAACCACCUGGUCAUCCAUCAGUUGCGCUGUAACGGUGUGCUGGAGGGUAUCAGGAUCUGCAGGAAGGGAUUCCCCAGCAGGAUCCUGUACGCUGACUUCAAGCAGAGAUAUAGAAUACUAAAUGCCAGUGCUAUCCCAGAAGGACAGUUCAUUGAUGGCAAGAAAGCCUCUGAGAAGCUUCUUGGUUCAAUUGACAUUGACCACACACAAUACCGUUUUGGGACUACUAAGGUCUUUUUUAAAGCUGGUCUGCUCGGCACUCUAGAGGAGCUUCGAGAUGAAAAACUAGCCUCUCUGGUCACCCAGACUCAAGCCAUGUGUCGUGGUUUCCUCAUGAGACAAGAGUUCUCAAAACUCAUUGCACAAAAAGAUUGCAUCUGGAUCCUGCAAUACAACUUGCGCUCAUUCAUGAAUGUGAAACACUGGCCUUGGAUGAAGCUGUUCUUCAAAAUAAAGCCACUUCUGAAGAGUGCAGAGACCGAAAAGGAGAUGGCAACCAUGAAGGAAGACUUCAUCAAAUGUAAGGAGGAUCUGGCAAAGGCAGAGGCCAAGCGAAAAGACCUUGAAGAGAAAAUGGUUUCUUUGUUGCAGGAGAAAAACAAUCUCCUCUUGCAAAUACAAGCUGACUCAGAAAAUCUUUGCGAUGCAGAGGAGAGAUGUGAGGGUUUGAUCAAAAGCAAAAUCCAGCUUGAGGCCAAACUCAAAGAGGUGACCGAAAGACUGGAUGAUGAGGAGGAAAUCAACUCUGAAUUGACCGCCAAGAAGCGGAAACUGGAAGACGAGUGCUCUGAGCUUAAAAAAGACAUUGAUGACCUGGAGAUUACUUUGGCCAAAGUCGAAAAGGAGAAACAUGCCACGGAAAACAAGGUUAAAAAUCUCACAGAGGAAAUGAGUGCUCAAGAUGAAAGCAUCGCCAAACUGACCAAGGAGAAGAAAGCCCUCCAAGAGGCGCACCAGCAGACCCUGGAUGAUCUCCAAGCAGAGGAGGACAAAGUCAAUUCUCUGUCAAAAGCAAAAUCUAAGCUUGAACAACAAGUGGAUGAUCUUGAGGGCUCACUGGAGCAAGAAAAGAAGAUCCGUAUGGACCUUGAAAGAGCCAAGAGGAAGCUGGAGGGCGAUCUGAAAAUCGUGCACGAAUCUGUAAUGGAUCUAGAAAACGACAAGCAACAAUCCGAGGAAAAAAUAAAAAAAAAAGAAUUUGAAAACAAUCAGCUGCUCAGCAAAAUUGCAGAUGAACAAGCGAUGAACAACCAGCUUCAAAAGAAGAUGAAGGAGCUACAUGCCCGUAUUGAGGAACUUGAAGAGGAAGUGGAGGCUGAACGAGCCGUCCGGGCCAAGAUAGAGAAGCAGAGAUCUGAUCUCUCCAGGGAGCUGGAGGAGAUCAGUGAGAGGCUGGAGGAGGCCGGAGGAGCCACCGCCGCUCAGAUUGAGAUGAACAAGAAGCGUGAAGCCGAGUUCCUCAAACUGCGCCGUGACCUGGAGGAAUCCACCCUGCACCACGAGGCCACGACCGCCGCGCUGCGCAAAAAGCAGGCGGACAGCAUGGCUGAGCUGGGAGAACAGAUCGACAACCUCCAAAGAGUCAAGCAGAAGCUGGAAAAGGAGAAGAGUGAAUUCAAAAUGGAAAUUGACGACUUGACCGGCAACAUGGAGACAGUAGCAAAAACUAAGGUCAGCCUGGAGAAGAUGUGCCGCUCACUCGAAGAUCAGGUUGUAGAGCUGAAGACCAAGAACGAGGAAAGCACACGCCAAAUUACUGAUCUCAACAAUCAGAGGGCUCGUCUCCAAACUGAGAAUGCUGAAUUUGCCCGACAAAUGGAGGAGAGGGAAAGUCUCAUUUCCCAGCUGACGAGAGGAAAGCAGAGUUUCACAACACAAAUCGAUGAACUGAAAAGACAAAUUGAGGAGGAAAGCAAGGCCAAGAACGCUCUGGCUCACAGUCUGCAGUCGGCUCGUCAUGACUGUGACCUCCUUCGUGAGCAGUUUGAAGAGGAGCAGGAGGCCAAGGCCGAGCUCCAGCGCAGCCUGUCCAAAGCCAAUACCGAGGUGGCUCUGUGGAGGAACAAAUACGAGACCGACGCCAUCCAGCGCACCGACGAGCUGGAGGAGGCAAAAAAAAAGCUUGCUCAACGUCUCCAAGAGGCUGAGGAACAAAUCGAAGCUGUGAAUGCAAAAUGUGCCUCACUGGAGAAAACUAAACAGCGACUUCACAGUGAGAUGGAGGAUCUCAUGGUCGACGUGGAGAGAUCCAACAGCCUGGCUGCUAACCUUGAUAAGAAGCAGAGGAACUUUGACAAGAUUGUAGCCGACUGGAAGCAGAAGUAUGAGGAGUCUCAGGCGGAGCUUGAGGGCGCUCAGAAGGAAACUCGGUCUCAAAGCAACGAGCUUUUCAAACUGAAGAACUCAUACGAGGAAGCCCUGGAUCAUCUGGAGACACUGAAAAGGGAGAAUAAAAAUCUGCAACAGGAAAUCUCAGACCUGACAGAGCAUCUUGGGGAGAAUGCAAAGCUCAUCCACGAACUGGAGAAAUUCAAGAAGCAAGUGGAGACAGAGAAGUGUGAUAUGCAAACUGCACUGGAGGAAGCUGAGGCCUCCCUGGAGCACGAGGAGUCCAAGAUUCUGCGCAUGCAGAUGGAGCUGAACCAGGUGAAGGCUGAAGUGGACCGCAGGGUGGUGGAGAAGGAUGAGGAGAUCGACCAGCUGAAGAGGAACAACCAGAGAAUGAUCGAGUCCAUGCAGGCCACUCUGGACGCCGAGGUCCGCAGCAGAAACGACGCCCUGAGAGUGAAGAAAAAGAUGGAGGGAGACCUGAAUGAGAUGGAGAUUCAGCUGAGUCAUGCUAACAGGCAGGCUGCCGAGGCCCAGAAACAGCUGAGGAAUGUCCAGGGGCAGCUCAAGGAUGCCCAAAUCCACCUUGACGAGUCCAUCAGAGGACAGGACGACAUGAAGGAGCAGGUGGCCAUGAUGGAGCGCAGAACCAGCUUGAUGCAGGCUGAGAUCGAGGAGCUUCGGGCGGCGCUGGAGCAGACGGAGCGGGGCCGCAAAAUAGCUGAGCAAGAACUUAUUGAUACCGGCGAGCGAGCAGGGCUUCUCCACUCUCAGAGCACCAGUCUUCUGAACACCAAAAAGAAGCUUGAGUCGGAUGUCAUCCAGCUCCAAGGUGAAAUAGAAGAUGCUGUUCAAGAGGCGAGGAACGCCGAAGAGAAGGCCAAGAAAGCCAUUACUGAUGCCGCCAUGAUGGCCGAAGAGCUGAAGAAGGAGCAGGACACUAGUGCUCACCUGGAGAGGAUGAAGAAGAACCUGGAGGCCACGGUGAAGGAUCUGCAGCAUCGCUUAGAUGAGGCUGAGAACUUGGCCAUGAAGGGUGGAAAGAAGCAGCUUCAGAAACUGGAGACUCGGGUGCGAGAGCUGGAAAAUGAACUUGAGGCUGAGCAAAAGCGCGGCGCGGAUGCUAUCAAAGGAGUCCGUAAAUAUGAGAGGAAGAUCAAAGAACUAACCUAUCAGUCGGAGGAAGACAAGAAAAACAACGCCAGACUCCAGGAUCUGGUGGACAAGCUUCAGAUCAAAGUGAAGGCCUACAAACGACAAGCCGAAGAAGCCGAGGAACAGUCCAACAUGCACAUGGCCCGAUUCAGGAAGGCCCAGCACGAGCUGGAAGAGGCCGAGGAGAGAGCUGACAUCGCCGAAUCCCAGGCCAACAAGAUGCGGGCGAAGAGCCGCGAAAUAGGCACAAAGGUAUCGGGUGAUUCAUGUACACUGUAA